AUGGAGAAACCAAGCAACUUUACCUCCCUUCCUUCUUUGUUCUUCUCGUUCUUUUUGUGUUUAAUCAUUAACAAAACUGUAGUCACCGCUCUCUCUCCUGAUGGACAAGCUCUCUUCUCUCUCCUCUCAGCAGCUGACCCUCAUUCCAAAACAUCCUCAUCUGUACUCUCCUCUUGGAAUCCAUCAAACUCAACACCAUGUUCAUGGCAAGGCAUUACAUGUUCUCCACAAGACAGAGUAAUCUCACUUUCCCUCCCAAACACAUUCCUGAACCUCUCUUCCCUACCCUCACAACUCUCUUCUCUCUCCUCUCUCCAACUUCUCAAUCUCUCUUCCACCAAUAUUUCUGGCCUAAUCCCACCUUCCUUUGGUUCACUUACCCAUCUUCGCCUUCUAGACCUCUCUUCCAACUCUUUCUCUGGGCCUAUUCCUCGUGAACUUGGGCUCCUCACUUCACUUCAAUUCUUUUUCUUGAAUUCAAACAGACUGACAGGUAAAAUCCCCCCACAGAUUGCCAAUCUUUCUUCACUACAAGUCCUCUGUCUCCAAGAUAAUCUACUUAAUGGGUCAAUUCCUUCACAUUUGGGCUCAUUGGUGUCCCUCCAACAACUCAGAAUUGGAGGCAAUCCUUAUCUAACUGGUGAAAUUCCACCACAAUUGGGACUACUCACCAAUCUCACCACUUUUGGUGCUGCGGCUUCGGGACUCUCUGGUGUGAUCCCACCUACAUUUGGUAAUUUAAUCAAUCUCCAAACUUUAGCCCUUUAUGACACCGAUGUAUUUGGUUCAAUACCGCCCGAAAUCGGGCUGUGUUCAGAGCUAAGAAACUUGUAUUUGCACAUGAACAAGCUCACUGAUUCAAUCCCACCUCAAUUGGGUAAGUUGCAGAAGCUCACUAGCUUGCUUCUUUGGGGCAAUUCUCUUUCCGGGCCUAUCCCAAAUGAGCUUUCAAAUUGUUCAUCGCUUGUUGUUCUUGAUGCGUCAGCUAAUGAUUUAACGGGUGAAACACCGGGUGAUUUGGGGAAGCUUGUUGUUCUUGAACAGCUUCACUUGUCUGAUAAUGCACUAACAGGCUUGAUUCCAUGGCAGUUGAGUAACUGCACUAGUCUCACAGCUCUUCAGCUUGAUAACAACCAAUUGUCUGGUCCAAUUCCAUGGCAGAUUGGUGAUUUGAAGCUCUUGCAAAGCUUCUUCUUGUGGAACAAUUCAGUUUCCGGGACCAUACCGGCCUCUGUUGGAAACUGCACUGAAUUGUAUGCUCUUGAUCUUUCGGGGAACGGGCUUACUGGGUUGAUUCCUGAAGAGAUAUUCAGUUUACAGAAGCUGAGCAAACUAUUGCUACUUGGGAAUUCAUUAUCAGGAGGAUUGCCUAGAAGUGUUGCGAAUUGCAAAUCUUUAGUCCGAUUGAGGCUCGGGGAAAAUCAACUUUCAGGUCAGAUUCCUAAGGAGAUUGGCCAAUUGCAAAAUCUUGUGUUUCUUGAUUUGUAUAUGAAUCAUUUUUCUGGUAAUUUGCCUUCCGAAAUCACAAACAUAUCUGUUCUAGAGCUGUUGGAUGUGCACAAUAACUACUUAACUGGCGAAAUACCAUCACAAUUUGGGGAACUUGUGAAUUUAGAACAGCUUGAUCUCAGUCGAAACAGCUUCUCCGGUGAAAUUCCUUUGAGUUUUGGGAAUUUCAGUUACUUGAACAAACUCAUUCUCAGCAAUAAUUUGCUAUCUGGUUCAAUCCCAAAAUCCAUUCGAAAACUGCAGAAACUAACUCUGCUUGAUUUGAGCUUUAACAGUCUUUCUGGGGCAAUUCCAGCUGAGAUUGGGUAUAUGACUAGCUUAACCAUUAGUCUAGACUUGAGCUCGAAUGAGUUUACUGGUGAAAUCCCUGAGACAAUGUCUGGUUUAACUCAGUUACAAUCACUUGAUCUUUCGCGUAAUAGGCUCAAUGGAAAGAUUACAAUUCUGAGUUUUCUGACCAGUCUCACAUCCCUGAAUGUCUCGUACAACAAUCUCUCAGGUCCUAUACCUGUGACACCAUUCUUUCGUACUCUAACUUCAAAUUCGUUCCUAGAGAAUCCAAAUCUUUGUGUAUCCAUUGAUGGUUCUACUUGUUCUUCACAUGUGGGUCGAAGGAGUGGAUUAAAAUCUGCAAAAACUAUAGCUUUGGUCACUGUGAUUUUGAUUUCUGUAACAGUGGUAGUUGUCAUUGCAUGGAUUCUUGUGACACGAAACCAUAAGUUUGUAGUGGGGAAGUCCUCAGGUACAUUAAUAUCUUCAUCAGGGGCAGAGGAUUUUUCUUAUCCAUGGACUUUCAUUCCCUUUCAAAAGCUCAAUUUCACAAUCAACAACAUCUUGGACUGCCUAAAAGACGAAAAUGUGAUCGGGAAGGGCUGUUCUGGUGUUGUUUACAAGGCUGAAAUGCCCACUGGAGAGUUAAUUGCAGUGAAAAAGCUAUGGAAAACAAAGAAAGAUGAAGAACCAGUAGACUCUUUUGCUGCAGAAAUUCAAAUUCUUGGGCACAUUAGACAUCGAAACAUAGUUAAACUCUUGGGUUACUGUUCCAAUAAGAGUGUGAAACUCCUUCUCUACAACUACAUUUCAAAUGGCAAUUUGCAACAGCUCUUGCAGAAUAACAGGAACUUGGACUGGGAAACCAGGUACAAGAUCGCGGUCGGGUCAGCUCAGGGCCUUGCUUAUCUUCAUCAUGAUUGUGCACCAACAAUUCUUCACAGAGAUGUGAAGUGCAAUAACAUACUCCUAGAUUCUAAGUUCGAGGCUUAUUUGGCAGAUUUUGGACUUGCUAAGCUGAUGAACUCUCCAAAUUAUCACCAUGCCAUGUCCAGAGUAGCAGGGUCUUAUGGGUAUAUUGCUCCAGGCAAGUACCUUUGA